GUCCAGUGCGCUCCUGACUCCGGAUCCAGUGACUCCAUAACUCCAGUCUCCGGGUUUUGCUCGCCAUUUAGCCUUCACGGAUCUCCCUGUUUGUCUGUCCAUGUAGCCGUCUGCGCCUCUCCAAACAAGGAUAUCGCUCUUUUAACAACUCAUGGGAUGCUACCUCCAGUUUUGACACACUAAUACGCGCUGUAGUUGAACCCGGAGGCGGUGAAUGGACGCGGGGAUUUGAUGUUUGUCGCUUGUUUUGCCAGUUUUCCCGUAGAUCCGACCGUGUGAUGGCGAUGAUGGCUGCGCUCUAGUGAACUGGGAGCACGUUGACUUGCAGCUUGCACCGUUCAACUCUCCUCUUCUGGAUCUUUUUAUAAACAGUUUUUACCUGGAUUAUUAUAACCUAUGGAGUGCACAUGAAUGUUGGUCGGAUAGGGAUUUCUAACGGGGUGGAGAUGUGGGGAGCAGGGCGGAGGAGCGGGGACCUGCCCUGAGAAGGCCUCCUGCGGCGGGACAAGCCCUGCCCCCUGAGCCCCUCCGGUGGGACGAUGUCUGUGAGCGGAGGCUGUGCAGGCGGCAAAGUGGACUCCAGCGCGGUGGACACCUACGACAGCGGAGAUGAGUGGGACAUCGGCGUCGGCAAUCUGAUCAUCGACUUAGACGCAGAUCUGGAAAAAGACAAGCUAGAGAUGUCAAGCAGUAAAGACGGAGGAGCCAUGGGCGCCCCUCCCAGUGCUGUGGCUGCUCUACCAGACAAUAUCAAGUUUGUGAGUCCUGUGUCUGCAGCUCAGGGAAAAGAAAGUAAAUCUAAAUCAAAACGCAAGAAUCCCAAGGAGACCGUCAAACCUCCCGCUCCAGUAUCAGACGGAGCAAAGAAGGAGGUGCAGGGACGUUCUCCAGGGGAAACGGCACCCUCUACCCCUAACACAACCCCCACUAAAGGAACUGACAAGUCCAAAGCAUCCCGGACACUUCCACCCGUCAAAAAGGAGAAGGACGGGGUCACAGGGAAAUCUAAAAAGGACAAAAUGGAGGUAGUGGUGUCGAACUCUGAUAAGGAGUCUUUACAGCAGCAGACUGUGGAGUUAUCCGGGCCGGAGCAGCUUGGAAACAUGGCACUGGAGUCUGGAAUGGGAACGGCCGUAUCCAUGACGACGGAGCAAGAUGAGGUUGACAACGGGGACUGUCGAAGUCUGAAGAAAGUGGACAAGAUGGAGUCUCCGGCCUCCACGCCCGCGCCCCCUCCGCUCCACCUGCUGGCGGCGGUGGGUAACAGCGACAUCUCGUCUCCUUGUGAGCAGAUCAUGGUGCGAUCACGUUCUGUGGCAGUGAACACGGCCGACGCUGCUUUAGCCACAGAACCUGAGUGUUUGGGCCCAUGUGAACCAGGGACCAGCGUCAACCUGGAGGGCAUCGUGUGGCAGGAGACAGAGGACGGUAUGUUGGUCGUGAACGUCACCUGGAGAAAUAAGACAUACGUGGGAACUCUGCUGGACUGCACCCGACAUGAUUGGGCCCCUCCAAGGUUCUGUGACUCUCCAACCAGUGACGUGGAGAUGCGGACGGGUCGUGGUCGGGGCAAAAGGAUGCGCCCGGGCAGCAACACUCCUCUAAAUGACAACAGUAAUUCGUCCGACGGCAAAGCCAGCGGCAACAGCAAAACCAGAGGAGCCGCAGCCAACAGCAAAGGCCGAAGAGGCAGCCAGACGCCCGGGGCAGAGGAUGCUAAAGCUAGCCCCUCCGCUGCUAAGAGAAAAACCAAACCUGCCUCAGACAUGGAGCCCACGUCCAGCUCAGAGGACACCAAGGGUUCCAAGAGGAUGAGGACCAACUCCACAGGUAAAUCUGAGGCAGUAGACCGGACCUGUCCCUCCCCUGUGCUCAUCGACUGCCCUCAUCCGAACUGCAAUAAGAAAUACAAGCACAUAAACGGACUUAAGUACCAUCAGGCCCGCGCCCACAACGACCAGGACGUGAGGCUAGACCAGGACGCAGACAGCGAAUACGGAGACGAUUCCUCCCUCCAUCCUGAUAAUGUUUCGUGUAACGGGGCCGCCAUCUCUCCAGCGCGCUCUGCCACCCCAAAAGGCCGAGGGUUCGAUGCCCCCUCCCCUUCGGCAAAAAAGGGCAAGAAGAAAGCGGGGGAGGUUGAGCCGGAUGGUACAGAUGGAGGAGAGGAGGGAGGGUGCUUGACAGAUGACGCUAGUAAUGAUGGAAUGGACGAUAGAAAAGCAAAGAAAAUGGCCACUGCGGGGAAGAAUGACAAAUUAAAAAGCGUCAAACCGGGACGUCCCGCUUCUACGGUCUCAGCAGCUCCUCCGCAAGGCGCACCGGCAAACUACAACCUCCAAGCUUCCUCCCCUGCAAUGGGUACAGUGGUACAGUCCAUCCCCAAAAGCCCUCAGCUCAAAAGCGCACAACCUAAACCUGUUGACCCCGCGACUAGCCCAGCCUUAGCAAAAGAUAAGAAAAAGAAGGAUAAGAAAAAGAGAGAAGGAAAGGAAGGGGAUAGUCCCAAAGCGAAAAGACCGGAAGAUGGGAAGAGUCCGUAUGCGGAAGAUGCCUUGCUCAACGGCUCAUCGGAAACGCACCAAAGUCGGUUAGCUAGCAUCAAAGCAGAGGCAGAUAAAGUUUAUAGUUUUUCUGAUAAUGCCCCAAGUCCGUCAAUAGGUGUGUCUAGUCGCAGUGAACCGGGAGCACCGCCAAAUCCACUGCAUUUAAAUCAAAACGGUGCAGAUAACGCGUCGGUUAAAACAGGAAGCCCGGCGUAUUCGGACAUUUCAGAUGCCGGAGAAGAUGGGGAGGGUAAGGAAGGGGUUAAAACGGUUAAAACUGAACCUGACCAAAGUGCGAGAGAAGCUGCAAAAAAGACGUUAUUUCCGCCACAAAAUCCCUCAAAAGAUUCGCCGUACUAUCCAAAUUACGAGGCGUACUAUUCGCCAAACUACCCUAACCCUAGCCCGGGAAAUCAGGCCAAUCCAGCACAUGGAGAGGGGGCAGUUAAGAUAAAAAAGGAGGAAGAUCUGGAGGGAGAGGAGGUGAAAUUAAAAACUGAGCCACAAGAUGACAGGAAAGGAAAUGAAACAGGACCUCAACAACAGUCUGUAAUCCAGCAAAGAUCAAACAUGUACGCACAGCCAUUGUAUUACAACCAGUACUACGUCCCGCCGUAUUCCUACUCACCUGAGCAAGCUUACCACCUCCUAGCAUCACAGAGCCCCAACGCGGCCGCUAACCCCGCCUAUCGACAACAAUAUGAUGAGCGACAACGGCAAGAUGGGAAAAAAACUGACAUAAAACAGGAAGUGAAAGCCACAGUCCCGCCCACUCUGUCUCGAGCUCCGAGUUUGACAGAUUUGGGAGCUAAAGGAGGGAAAGGUAAGGAGAGUGGAGAACAGGGGAAGUCGGUCAUCAUGGCUAAAGCGGAGGAGCAGAAGCCACAGAGUGGACCCCAGCAGCAGCAGGAGGGUUUAAAGAUGAAACUGAGCGAAGCAGGACAUCAUGGGAAAGAAGAGGGCAAACAGGGAGCCGAGCCAGGACGCACUGCGGGGGUGGAGCCGGCUCUGUGGUACAGACAGGAGCCAGACUCUCGGCUGUGGCCCUACGUUUACCCAAACAAAUACUCUGACGCCCCCAAACCCCAGGAGGAAGAGCGGUGGAAAGAGGAACGGGACAGGAAGUCCAAAGAGGAGAGGCCCCGUGGCAAAGAGGGAUGCCCAAAAGAGGAGCCUAAAGAUGGGGAGAGUCGGACCGUUGGCCCUGAGGAGCUGCGGGCGUCUGGAAAAGAGCCCCGAGCUCCACACAUGCAGUUCUCUUCGCCUCUGUCCCAGCACCAGUACAUGCCCUACAUGCACGGACCCUACUACAGCCAGGCCUAUGAUCCCAGCCAUCCUGGAUACAGGGGCAUGCCCUCUGUCAUGAUGCAGAACUAUCCAGGCUCGUACCUGCCUCCCGGUUACUCGUUCCCGUAUGGAGCAAAGGGCGAGGAGGGCGAGAAAGCUCCACGCUCCAGUCCCAACGUGAAGCCCCCUGGAGAGGCCAAAGCUCUGGACCUCCUGCAACAGCACGCCAGCCAAUAUAAGAGCAAGUCCCCCUCUAUCCCCGACAAACCACCCCCCCACGAACGGGACAGGGACCGGGAGGGAGACAGGCAACCCAGGUCCUCCCCCUCACAGCGAAUCAUCCCCUCACAUCACCUGGGGUACCCUCUGAUCUCCGGACAGUAUGAGCUGCCAUACGCCUCAGGCCUCUCGUCUUCAGCCAUUGUCGCCAGUCAACAAGCGUCUGCUCCGUCCAUGUAUCCACCUCCCCGGAGGUGAGACCGGCCUACCUGAUUGGCUGACCUCCUGCCCCUCGUACCAUGUGACUGGAUCACGUGACCUCAGCUCGGCGGUAUAGGUUUGAUUCCUCCACCAGGACGCCCAGUCUUUCUCUCAAUUUUAAAAUGGCUUCAGACUUUUUAAGGUGGACCUACCAACAAACCUACUGUUCUCACUGUACCCUCUGCUCCGGGUCGGACAAUUAUAGACUUUACACCAAUAAGAACAACCCUGGUGCUGUCAUGAAGCCGCCAUUUUGUUUUUUUUUCUCAAAGACUUGAAUGAAUAAAGCAAGAUUCACAUUUCGGUGCUGGCAUUUGACUCAACCUGAGCAGUAGCAGCGACCUUUUGACCUCCAUGCGACCCGGAAGUAAAUAAAUAAAUAAUUGAAACACUGUGGAUGGAGGAGGACUGGCCAAUCAGAAGCCUCCUUUCGCUGUGUGGUCGUGGUGUACCUGUUUUAUGAAUGAAAGAGAGAGAGAGUGGAGUAUGCGUGUAUAUAUGUACAUUUGAAUAAUUUUAAGCCUGUUGGAUGCUGUUUGGAUUUCCUACUCUUUGAUUUUGUCUGGUAGCCUCUGUUUUUCUACUGUUGUUGAUCUGAUAUUAAACCUGUAGCUGGUGCCUC